AUGAACUUCUGCCGUUUUGAACCGAAGUCCAGGUGGCUGGCCGUUGCAGUCGUGCCAUCUUCUAGCUUCACAGGAAACGGCGCAGAGCAAGAUGCCAAGAUUGCAGCCAAGAUGGCCUCGAUUGACGCUUCCACGCAGAUCCUUGAUCAGGCACGAGCCAGAGGUCGAGAUAUCCUCCUGGUCAUGAGCAUUUUGAGCAUCGCCGCCUCCCUGCUGUUCGGGCGUUUGGUGUCACAGCCCUUGAGGCAUUUAACUGAGACCAUGAUGAGAUUGGGUGAAUUGGAUUUUACAGAGUCAUCCUUGAUCCUCGAUAUCCGUCGAAACAGCAGGCGUGUUCGAGUUCGGGAAGUUUUAAAUCUUCAGCUGGCGUUCUGCCGCCUGGCACGGGGCAUCAGCACCUUCGCGCGCUUCGUCCCAGAGACGGUGGUUCGCAACAUCGUGAUGAAUGGCGAGGGGAAGGGGACCCGCCUUGAGGUUUCCAGACGCAUGGUCACAAUUAUGUGCACGGACAUUAAAGGCUUCACCAGCAUCUCUGAACGAUUGCGACCGCGUGACCUGCUGUACAUGCUCAUGCGAUACUUUUCGGUCAUGAUGCGUGUAGUGGAGCUCUAUGGAGGUAUUGUGUUGGAGAUCUUGGGCGAUGGUCUCAUCGUGUUUUGGAACGCACCUGACACGGUCGAAGAUCAUCCAGGUAAAGCUUGUGCAGCAGCGCUCACACAACUUGAGGCCCUUUCAGGCUUGAAUGGUGAGUACGGCGUGUAUGAGCUCCCAGAGCUGUCGAUUCGCAUUGGCAUCCACACAGGGUCCAGCUUAGUGGGCAACAUUGGAAGUGAGUCGAGGAUGAAGUAUGGAUGUUUGGGCGAUACCAAGCAGGUCGCCAUGAAAUUAGAGGAUCUCUGCAAGUACUAUGGGGUCGACGUUAUUUGUUCCAGCAGCACAAAGAACAUGACCAUCCCGAGCAGAUUUUUCUUCAGGGAGCUCGACUACGUGCAGUUGCAGCCUGAUGCGGACCAGAUGACAUUGUACGAAGUGAUAUGUCGAGAAGAGAUUGACGAUAAUGACAUUGACUCGACGCGCGACGCGGGAUCAAGGGACUCCUUGUCCGUGAGGGACAUUGCAUCAGAUGCCAUGACUGGCAGCGGAUCCCUGAACAUUGCCUCACAGUUCUCGCAGCAGAGCGUUCCGUCGAUCCACUCGCAUGUGAACAUGGGCGACCUCGCCAAUGUCGCCACAAAUCGGCGUGAGAUGCUCCACCGCUGGUUGGCGGCCAAUAUGCAAGAGACCAACGGACAGCGCUUGGAGCGUGGCGAAGCCAUCGGCACUCCACGCUUUGCUGGUCCAAUGACCCAGGGUGAACUCGCACCUGUCGAUGGCGCCAAGAGGAUGCCCAAAAUCAUCGGGAUCUCAGGUCCUAUGGCAUCGCCCGGACGUUGUGCCCUGGCGGUGACAGGCAUAUGCCGCGAUGUCAUAACCGAGACCGAGUCGAACGGAAGCGCCGUGAAUGGCUACUGCGUCAGCAUCAUCGGGCAAGAUUCGUACUACAAGACUGGAAGUCCCGUGACCACCUGGGAUGAUCAUGAGGCCAUCGAUCACCAGCACGUGCUGGAAGCGCUUGAGGCCGAGUUGAGCGAGCCGGUGGCUGAUUUAAUCGUCUUCGAGGGAUUUAAGGCCUUCUGGUGCCCGAAGAUCGUGGCGAAGUUGGACAUCCUCAUCUGGAUCAGGGUGAAGGAAGAGACCUCCAAAGCACGCCGCAUGAGAUCCAACCGGAAGGUCACCGAGGAGAUCUUUGAAGAGAUGUGGAAGUGGCACGUGGACUACGAGGGUCAGCUGUACCAAAUCUUCCAAAAAGAUAAACGGAUCGUCAUCCUCACCGGUGAAGAUGCCAAAGAGAAGGUUCUUGAGGAGGCUCUGUAUCAUUUGAAAGAGCGGAAGAUCGUGGAUUCCAACAUCUUGACUGCCCGCGAGCGAUCACGCUCACGCAGGCGAAAAGAAGCGAAUGGCCAAAGUGCCACGCAGGAACUGGCUUGUGCCAACCCCAGUUGCUGGUUCCGGACUUCCCCCGACGAGGCGGACGGCGGCUACUGCUGCAAGAAAUGCCACUGGCGCCAUGUGUCUGGCUUCAAGUCCGGCAAGAAUCACGACAAGGUCUGUGGCAAAUGUCCAGUCGCAAAGGAUACUCCAAGGGCAACUGCGCGCACUCCCACUGAUCCCUAUCCUGUGGAGGAGGAGAAGGCCGAGGUGGCAGCGGUUCCACAAGCGGUGCUUCCAGCGAAAGGCAUCGUGGUGAAUCCCUUGUUCAAGGCGGGAUUUGCCUGUGCCAAUCCCACAUGCCAAUUUGUGGUGAGCCAGAACUCGGAGGAUGGGAAUUACUGCUGUAAGAAAUGCCAUUGGCGUCAUGCAAGUCAAUCCAAAAGCUGCAAGAAGAAGCACAACUGGGAGUGCGCAAAGAAAUUCUAUGAGUAUGGCAUGCAAAGGGCUCCCCAUCGGCCGCCCGACGAACCCUACCCUGUGGAAGAAGUGCAAGACGGAGCAGUCACGGUCAGCGCGAAGGAGCCUGAGGACCUGAGCGGAAUCGGUGGAUUUGUGGCCUCCCAAAUCGGCGUAGAGAAAAGGACAAAUCACAGCAACAGGACAGCUACAGCCGAGCAACAGCGGCGAAUCAUCGGACAGUACGAGAAAGCCUUGAAGGCAUUUCAUACGGGAGACUUAACGCGCUGUAUUCAGAUUGUCAAUAAAGUCUUGGAGGAGAAAGAGGAUCCACCCUCCCGGAAGCUUCUGGAGAUUGCAGGAGAGCGAAUGAAGGCCGAAGGCACCGCCUCAGACGUGGCGGAGGCCUCGGCAGAUCAGCAAAAAGAGAUGCUGGAACUUUAA